AUGAAACCACCAUCGUUUAAAGGAGGAAUCGAACCAAUGAAGGCUGAGGCAUGGGUGCUGGGGAUAGAAAAAUUAUUCGAAGUCUUUCCUUGUACUGAAGUUCAAAAGGUGCAACUUGCUGCUUUCACUCUUGAAGACGAGGCGCGGAGAUGGUGGAUGCUUAUAAAGACAGUACACCAGGGGUUGACAUGGGAUAGAUUCUUGGAGCUGUUUUAUGACAUAUUUUCCCCAAAGUAUGCGAGACAAGAAGAUACAGAUUAUAAGAAGGUGCGGAAGUUUGAAGAGGGAUUGCGGGGUGCUAUUUUGGAUCGAGUUAAUGUGUUAAAGUUGCCUACCUACGUUGAUGUGUUAGAAAGGGCUGUUAUAGCAGAAGGGAAUAUUGCUACUCAGACUCGGAUUUUUGAAUGGAAAGGAAAGAGGCAGAAUAACCAAUGGUUCAAGGGGUCAACUACUCCACCAAACAAGAAGCAAAAUUCAGGGACCUCCAGCACUACUACUUCUACUCAAAAUUCAGCUCCUGUGUGUCCAGAAUGUGGAUGGAGGCAUCGUGGGAUUUGUCACCGAUUGUCUAGAGCAUGUUUUCGAUGUGGAAAAACGGGUCAUUUGAUAAAAGAUUGUCCGCAAAGGAAUCAACAAAAUGGUAAUAAGGCUGCCACAAGCUCAGCAGGGUCUACACUGGCUCCUAAUGCCAAGUCAGCUACUAAACCUGCUAACAAUAAGGACACUACGAGGCAAGGCUCUACCUGUUCCUUUGUGUCAAAAUUAUUUACGAAAAAUUUAGAUAAACCUGAAGAAGAAUUGACUUAUGUGUUGUGUGUAUCUUCACCUAUGGGAAAUUCCAUGAUCUGUACCUCUGUAUAUUCUGCUUGUGAACUUCUAAUUGGGGAUGUCCGUGUAUAUGCUAAUCUGUUACCACUUGAUAUGACUUCUUUUGAUAUUAUUCUGGGAAUGGAUUGGUUGGGUGACUAUGGUGCCACUAUAGACUGUCUGACGAAGCAAAUCAGUUUCCACCCUCCAGGUGUUUUGGAGGGGCCAAGAAUGAAUGAGAAUACUGAUGCGAUCCCAGUUGUCUGUGAAUUUCCGGACGUCUUUCCAGAAGAAUUGCAAGGAGAAUUAGUGGACCGUGAAAUCGAGUUUACGAUUGAAGUGUUACCAGGAAUCCAACCCAUUUCUAAAACUCCAUACCGAAUGGAACCAGCUGAGAUGAGGGAAUUGAAGACUCAGUUGCAAGACCUACUGGAUAAGGGAUUUAUCCGCCCGAGCGUCUCUCCAUGGGGUGCACCAGUUCUAUUUGUGAAAAAGAAGGAUGGCAUACUCCGACUUUGCAUUGAUUAUUGA